CCCGCUGGCCCAGCAAGAUGGCGGCGCCCGUGGCUGCCCGGGCGCUGCGGGCAGUGCCCUGGAGCCGGAGCUGUGUCCCCGCUGCCCUCGGCGCCCGCCGCGACCUCCACGCCACCCCCGCCUGCCUCAAGACCCGAGCGGCGCGGGUGCGCGUGGGCAAAGGGGACAAGCCGGUGACCUACGAGAAGGCGCACGCCCCGCACUACAUCGCCCACCGCAAGGGCUGGCUCUCGCUGCACACCGGGAACCUGGCCGGCGAAGCCGGGGCGGCCGAGCGGACGGUGGAGGACGUCUUCCUGCGCAAGUUCCUCUACGGCACCUUCCCCGGCUGCUUGGCCAACGAGGUGGUGCUCAAGCGGCGCGCCAACCUGCUGGUGGUGUGCCUGGUGCUGGUGCAGAGCCUGGCACCCAGCAAGCUCUACUUCCUCAUCGGCUACGCCGAGACCCUCCUCUCCCACUUCUACAAGUGCCCCGUGCGCCUGGAGGUGCAGACGGUGCCCACCAAGGUCAUCUACAAGUACCUCUAGCGGCCACCGGCUCCCCGGUGCCGCCCGGCCGUGGCGGGAGCUGCUGGGGCCGGCGGGUGAUGCCACCGAGGGGAAUAAAGAAGGGUUUUGCGCCCCUG